AAUGGAAGAAAAAAAGAUAGCUGUAGCAGUAGGAGUAAGAGUUAUGAAAACAACUUGGCUUUUUGUGCAGAAAAAUCUUUCAAGAUUGGCAGGUUAUCAAGCAGAUGUGGGCAAAUACCGGAAAUACUAAUUAGCAUCAUUUACGACCAUUUUCAUAAAUUUUAGUGCAUCAUACUUAAAGCCACGUGUUUUCCGUGUUCAAGAUUACUAUUAAGUUCUUGAGAUGGUUAAAUUCAUAGUCUUUAUAUGUCCGCUAGAGACUUUGUUUUUUGAACGUACGUAGUAGAACAUAAAUUCAGGUUUUUUGAACGUACAUAGUAGAACAUAAAUUCACCUGAGCUUCAGCAAGUAAUUGGAUUGACAAAUUGCUUCAAAACCAACAUGGGAGGCAUUCGCUACAUCUCGAGUACUAUUGUCCAGGCGGCAAAUCAGAAGGGAAAGACUGACAGGGUUGAGUUAACUCCAUGGGAUCUUCAGCUCCUUCUUGUUGGCUCCAUCCAGAAAGGACUUCUUUUCCCUAAGCCUAAACAGCCACAAGAGAAACAAGCAGGAAAUUACACCCAGAUCAUCCACCACUUGAACACCUCUCUUUCCCACACAUUAGAGUACUUUCCGCCUCUUUCAGGUCGCUUAGCCUCCACCGAGCAUGACGAUGACACUAUUUCUUUUUUCAUCGAUUGUAACAACGCCGGAGCCCUGUUUGUCCAUGCUGCAGCUGAUGGAGUAACUAUUUCUGAUAUUCUCGAACCUGGCGGCUAUGUUCCUCAUAUCGUGCACUCGUUUUUCCCACUAAAUGGAGUCAAAAACUAUGAAGGUACUUUCCAACCAUUACUGGCAGUGCAGGUGACACAGUUAGUGGAUGGCAUUUUUAUUGGUUGCACAAUCAAUCAUAUGGUGGUUGACGGUACUUCAUUUUGGAAUUUUUUCAACUUUUGGGCUGAAAUUUCUCGAGGUUCCUUUCACUUAUCAAAGCCUCCCGUUCUUCAACGUUGGUUUCUUGACGGUACUGAUCACCCUAUUCAUAUUCCUCAAUCUCAUGUCAAGCAAAUCCAAGAAGAAUUAUUCACUCGACCACCUUUGCGAGAAAGAGUCUUUCAUUUCACAAAGGAAAAUAUUGCGAAGCUCAAAGCAGAUGCAAAUGCGGAGGCUGGUACCGACAAAAUCUCCUCUCUUCAAGCUCUCUUGUCACAUAUUUGGCAAUCCGUUAUUCGCAACAAAACUUUGGACCCUAACGAAGAGAUCAACUACCGAAUGCUUGUUGGUGCUAGACCAAGAUUGAACGAGCUCCCUGAGCAAUAUUUUGGGAAUGCAGUGCAGGCUGGGAGUAUCACUAUGAAAGUGAAAGAGCUGCUAGAACAAGGACUUGGUAAUGUUGCAUGGGAAAUGAACAGGUUGGUUGCGACACAGACCGUAGAGAAGUUGAAGAAGUUCCUAGAGGAUUGGACAGCAAGUCCUAAGCUGAUGAGCAUGGGCAGUAUGACAAGUAAUGCCUUGGUCACGAGUAGUUCCCCUUGGUUCAACAUUUAUGGUAAUGAUUUUGGAUGGGGAAGGCCAGUUGCAGUAAGAAGCGGGUGUGGAAACAAGCACGAUGGGAAGAUAACAGUGUUUCGUGGAGUGGAAGAAGGCAGUAUUGACGUUGAAGCAUGCCUUUGUCCUGAUACAUUGGAGGCCAUGGCAAAUGAUGAAGAGUUCAUGGAGGCUGUCACUUUAUCUCUCUAGUUAAUCUUGGAUCAAAACCCUGUCACGCGUUACUGUUCGAUGUUUGUUGUAGUAACGAUGGAAUGGUAUAGCUUUUCUGUUGGCUGUCGUUUAAUUUCCUAAAACGAACGCAUGAAUAAAAAUUGUUGUUCAAUGUACUAAGUAUGUUUUCAAUAAAACCAUUAAUUAAUUGAUGAAGCUCCUUAAGAGAGAGAGAGAGAGAAGAAAUAGAAGAAUGAAA